GCACGCGCUUCAAGAUUUACCGUGAAUGCGCUCAUUGUCACGCUGCCGGCAGCCUGUGAGUGCCUUCGUUGCCAACUGGCGGCGGAAAUCGAAGGAUCUCUGCAUCACCCACGUCUCGUGUUCUUCUACCAUUGUCCUUGAUGUUACGGAUCUUUGGCCUCUAUCGGCUGCGUGACCUCUCAAAAGAGAGGUCGAGUUCACCAACUGCAUUUGAUACGGGCCGGCGCUGACAGGGUUCACUCAAUCUCAUCUGAUAACUGGCGCUUCUUUCUUUGACUUUCUCGCCGCGUAUUGCUGUUUGUCGCCCACUGCACGGGCGAACUCCUCCCUUGCGCCGAAUGCGCUGGGCUUUUUCCGUGAUAGUCUCUGACCACUCGGGGUGACAACCUAUUCCACAAAUGGAUCGCUUGUGCCAUCUCUGUUAUUUCUCCAGGCAAAGGCCCUCGAUGUCUGCAGGUUCUGGCAAGCUCCGGAUGUGCGGAAAAAUCCCUCUUCAUGCUGCCCCCAACCACACCCAGGCUGCACUUAUAUAGGGCUGCUGAGGAGGGGGAUGAGUUGCUGACCCCGAUUGCCGGCUGCUCGCUGCUCGAUUGAUCCUCUCCUUUUACUAUGUCGACUCUCUUCGUUGUUUCUUCUCCUAAGGAGACUGGGCUGGCCAAAAUUCCAUCCCACGAGUCCAACUUGACCGAAUCCUCAGAUAGCGGGUCUACCAGGGGGGCCGCUCAAGCAUGCAGGGAGAACGUGGCAUCGCCGUCUCAUGCCCGGUUAGUGGUUAUCAUGAUUGCGUUAAACAUGGCGUUAUUUCUUGCGACAACGGACACAACCAUCGUUUCCACCUCCCUUCCAACCAUUGUUGCCGAUCUGAACGGUUCCGACGGCGAUUACGCUUGGAUUGGGGUGUCUUAUAUGCUAAUGCAAACCACAUUUCAGCCGCUCUAUGCGAAGCUCUCUGACAUUCUCGGACGGAAGGCGAUUCUUUUUGCGAGCAUGUUGCUAUUCUUGCUCUCUUCUUGCCUGUGCGGCACAGCCCAGUCGAUGUUGAGCUUGAUAAUCUUCCGUGGUAUGCAAGGGGCUGGUGGGGGAGGUAUCGUGGCGAUGGCUUGGAUUAUUCCGGAUGACUUGAUUUCCAAAGGACGGGAGCAGGCUAAGUGGGCGCACUUGAAGUCAUUUACCUGGGGAAUGUCCGCUGUUUCCGGGCCGUUGUUAGGGGGGCUAUUUUCAGAUACAAUAAGCUGGCGCUGGGGAUUUUUCAUCAAUAUCCCUGUUGGCGCCAUUGCAGGGUUGGUGCUUUGCAUCUUCUUAGUUCCUCAACACGUACACACAAGAAAACCUUUUUCGGAGACUUGGGCACGGUUCGAUUGGUUGGGAGCUCUUUUGCUCACAUCCGGGACGGCAGCCAUGAUUGUCGGGUUCAGUAAUGCCUCCCAGUUUGGAUUUGUAUCGGUUCAGACUUUGCCGUGUAUCAUUGUUGGACUCUUAACUUUCAGCUUGGGCAUUGUCAAUGAAGCCUUCACCGCACGUGAUGCCGUCCUGCCGUCGAAACUAUUCCGAUCGCGUGAACCCGCCUUGCUGCUUGCUAUGACAUAUCUUCAUAAUUUUGCUUUCACUGCAGGGACAUUUUACCUCGCUUUAUACUAUCAAGCUGUGGAUGGAAGCUCUGCUCUCAUGUCCGGUAUUCUUAUGCUUCCAUACUCCCUUGGUUCAUGCCUAGUAUCUCUGCCAGCUGGCAGAUGGGGCGAAGCGAUAGGGCUGCGACGCGUAUAUUGGGCUGGAUUUACUUUUGCGACAAUUGGAUUUGGCCUUAUGAUCACGCUUAAUGCCGGAUCCUCUACUGCACUGCAAGCAGUCUACCCUUUGAUUGCUGCCAUCGGUAUCGGUCUCCUGUUUCACUGUUUCAAAACGGGCCUGCAACUUGCACUGCCUGGAACGGAGGAUGAUGCUGGUGCAACAUCCGCAUUUUUCCUGGUUCGUUUCAUUGGCGCGACAACUGGUCUGUCAAUAUCCGGCGCCCUUUUCAGUAGCACACUUGCGACGAACUUUCCUCCCGGAGUUGAUCUUGUCGAAACUACGGCAGGAGUGGAUUACCGAGCCCUGCACUUUCUGACACCGCUCUGGCUACGCCAAGAAGUACUGGCAGCUGUUUC